AUGCCGCAACUUCCUAGAGUGAACUCUUCGAACGCACCGCAGCUGUUGUCGAACGCCGCAAUGCUUCGGGGCUUAGAUCGUCCAACGUUUGGUCAAGACUUGAACUUCAACUCACCUGUUAGCAGAAACGUCCGUACCGAUCCGCUCCCUAGAUUUUCUUUGCUUCAUAUCAACACCGGGAGCUUUGGCAUGCCUUCAAGUUUGCCUUCAAGCUCUAAUUCUUCCAAUUCCGUGAACUCCCCUAGAUCCACCAUCAGCCGCAACAUCUGGGGUAGUCAAGUGAUUUCCCCUACCAGCUCGAACUCUACGGGAAGUACUUUCAGUGGAGUGGACAUCACUGAUCUGGCAAGUUUUUUGAAUUCAUCACCACCUAUUAGGCUGGGAGCUGCUCAAAUAAAAGAAAUGGCCGAUUUGAGGUCCAUGAGAGACUUAGCUGGGCCGAACACUGCAAGGAACGCCUCUAUGUUUCCACCUCGUCAAUUGUAUUCCUCUUUAUCGACUGCUUCUGUUCCUCCUGACGGACCAUCUGGUACCGCCUCUUGGGGUGGAGAGCUCCCCCCUCGGCGCUUUGAAAUCAACCCGACUUACUCCUGCAAGAUCUUUGUAGGCGGUGUUCCAUGGGACAUGACCGCAGAAGACUUAACCAUCUUCUUCUCACCUUACGGAAGAAUUCUCGUAGAAUGGCCUGUUAAAGACACUGUCACUCAACCCAAGGGGUAUGUUUACAUAAUCUUCGAAGAUGAGGUUAAUGUAAAAGUACUGCUCAACAACUGCGUCCGUGAUACCAGUGACAACAACUUGAAAUACUAUUACAGACUUAUCACAAGGUCUCUGAAACAUAAGGUUGUUCAAAUAAUUCCUUGGCGAAUAACCGACUCCAACUUCGUGAUGGAACCGACACGGAAGCAGGACCCCAAUCUCACAGUUUUUGUUGGAGGACUUCACGGAGCCUUGACUGCAGAAGGUUUGUUCAUAAUUAUGAACGACCUUUUCAACGGUGUGAGCUACGUCGGCAUCGACACAGACAAAUUCAAAUAUCCCAUUGGCUCUGCCCGAGUCACAUUUAACAACAAGUAUUCCUACAUGCAAGCAGUCAUGGCUGCGUACAUCGAAAUAAAGUCGAAUCUGUUCAGCAAGAAAGUACAAGUUGACCCGUACCUGGAAGAUGCCAUCUGCUCCAAAUGUGAUCUCCGCCCGGGACCAUUAUUCUGCAAGGAGCUGUGCUGCUACAACUACUUCUGCCAUGGCUGUUGGUUCAGUCAUCAUCAGGCAUUGUUCAUGAUAAAUCAUCGACCUCUAGCAAAAACCUCAAAGUACAAGAGGAGCAUGCAAAAUGCACGUUACGUGCAGUUUAGUCAUUGCUAGCUUAUUCAUUGUCAACAGCAAAAAUCCACACAACAGGCCACUUGGAUUAUUACCCUUAAAAAUCCACACAACAGGCCACUUGGAUUAUUACCCUAGCAUAGAACAAUAACCUAAAUAUUGUUCCUCCCCUUCGUUAGUUAAUCUGGUUUUGAAAAUUCCUAUCAAAAAUGCUGGAUUGCAAAAUUUUAAUUGAUUUUACUGUUUAAUUUUAAUUUACGGAUGGUUCCGUAGUAAAAAAGUUUAAAAAAAUAAAAUUCCAAUAUUGUUGUGUAACACUUAAAAUAAAAUAAUUUUAAAUGUAAAAAAUAAAAUAAAUUUACUACUUUUCUGGCAGAAAAGCCAUGCAUGUAGCAUGUGCACUAAAAUAACAUUAUCAUUUUAAUUUUUAAUAAGAAAAAAUAAUUUGAAAACAACAAAUUAUUGCUAAGCAUUGGUUUACAUUUACUAGGCCUAAAUGUAAUGUUUUGGUCGAUUUUAAAAAUGUUUUUUAGAAAUAAAGUGUGGAUUUUA